AUGAGCAGCAGCUGUUCAGGACUGAGCAGGGUCUUGGUGGCUGUAGCUGCAGCCCUCGUGUCCGCCUCCUCCUCCUGUCCCCAGGCCUGGGGCCCCCCAGGGGUCCAAUAUGGGCAGCCUGGAAGGCCCAUGACGCUGUGCUGCCCUGGAGUGACCGCUGGGACCCCCGUGUCCUGGUUUCGGGACGGGGAGACCAGGCUGCUCCAGGGACCUGACUCUGGGCUGGGGCAUGAGCUGGUCCUGGCCCGUGCAGACAGCACUGACGAGGGGACCUACAUCUGCCGGAGCCUGGAUGGCGCCGUUGGGGGCACAGUGACCCUGCAGCUGGGCUACCCCCCGGCUCGGCCUGUCGUCUCCUGCCGAGCAGCCGACUAUGAGAACUUCUCCUGCGCGUGGAGUCCCAGCCAGGUCAGCGGUUUGCCCACCCGCUACCUUACUUCCUACAGGAAGAAGACAGUGCCAGGAGCUGAUGGCCAGAGGACAAGCCCAUCGACAGGGCCCUGGCCGUGCCCUCAGGACCCCCCUGGGGCUGCCCGCUGUGUGGUCCACGGGGCGGAGUUCUGGAGCCAGUACCGCAUCAAUGUGACGGAGGUGAACCCGCUGGGAGCCAGCACCCGCCUGCUGGACGUGAGCUUGCAGAGCAUCUUGCGUCCUGACCCACCCCAGGGGCUGCGGGUAGAGCCAGUACCUGGAUACCCCCGCCGCCUGCGUGCCAGCUGGACGUACCCUGCCUCCUGGCCCCGCCAGCCCCACUUCCUGCUCAAGUUCCGGCUGCAGUACCGUCCAGUGCAGCAUCCCACCUGGUCCACGGUGGAGCCAGCUGGAUUGGAGGAGGUGAUCACAGAUGCUGUGGCAGGGCUGCCCCAUGCUGUCCGCGUCAGUGCCCGGGACUUUCUGGAUGCUGGCAGCUGGAGCGCCUGGAGCCCCGAGGCCUGGGGGACUCCAAGCACUGGGCCCCUACCUAAGGAGAUACCUGCUGGGGGUCAGCCCUACAUGCAGCUGGAGAAGGAGCCUCAAGCAGACAGCCCUGCCCCCCCAAGGCCCUCCCUCCUGCCGGACUUACAGCCACUUGUCCACAGGGACCCUCUGGAGCAGGUGGCUGUCCUGGCAUCUUUAGGAAUCUUCUCUUUCCUGGGACUGGCAGCUGGGGCCCUGGCACUGGGGCUCUGGCUGAGGCUGAGGCCAGAUGGGAAAGAUGGACCCCAGAAGCCUGGUUUCUUGGCCCCGAUGAUUCCAGUGGACAAGCUUCCAGGCGCCCCAAACCUAUAG